AUGGAACGCUACACCCAAUCGUCACCAUCAUGGUCGUCCGGUCUCCCCACGCCCGACCGUAAAGAUGCACACGCAGUCGAUAGCGUACUAUCACCACCUGUCUCCCGAGCAAUCAUACCCCUGAUACCCAUCGAAGAUGAUCCCUUCCUCAGUUCCCCCGAGACUAGCCCUCGACGCCAGUCCCUGAACCAAACCCCGUACGGAGACAAACGGAAACGAGAGGUCGACCCCCAUACGAUUUCGCCCUCGAAAGAGGUAGUUGUGAUUUCAUCCGCUUCGAGUAACGACGGCCUGCCUCCGACGAAGCGGCCCAAAGAAGCCAUCUAUAUCGACCAUGAUGAGCUGCACUAUCGGGUCAAGAACGAUCCAGACUGGCUCCAGAAACGGUCUGGCGAGUUCAUGGUUGACGGUGACGAUGCCGGUCCAAGCGAACAACCACCCACCGCAAACCCAACCUUCCAAUACAUUCACGACAUUUCCGCAGCUGGGCAACCACACUCAGGCCCUGAUACACCUCCAAGCAUUGUCGAACCUGUCCUCUGUCAAGAGCAACAGGACCUAGUCAAUUUGAUCCUCAGCGGCCGAAAUGUCUUCUACACUGGCUCUGCAGGCUGCGGCAAGUCAACCGUCCUGAAAGCAGCCGUCAAGCAGCUCCGAGAUCAGCAGAAGAACGUGUGCAUUCUUGCACCUACCGGGAAAGCAGCACUCCAGAUAGACGGCAUGACCACAUGGUCCUACAUGGGAUGGACGCCCGACGAUCACAAACUAGAGCUGGCCAAGCUCAUCAACAGGACCUUCCGGAAGCACGUGCGGAGACGGCUGCGCCAGACCGACGUUCUCAUCAUCGACGAGAUCAGCAUGGUAGAGAAUCACCAUUUGCAACGCAUGGAUGUCUGUCUGCGGGAAGUCCGGAAAGGUUUCGACGAGAUAACUCAGCCCUUUGGUGGCUUGCAAGUCAUUUUGACUGGCGACUUCUGCCAGCUUCCCCCGGUCAAGCCUUUCGAGUAUUGCAUGUUCUGCGGUGGCGGAACGAAGAUGGACAAUUGGCAGACGCAGUAUGAAUGUCAAUCUCGCUGUGGGAAAGGUCCAUUCUUGGAGGCGGACAAAUGGGCGUUCAAAAGUCAAGCCUGGAAGGAUGCCCGCUUGGAGCACGUCCAUCUGAAGGAGAUUCAUCGCCAAAACGACCAGCAGUUCAUCAAGAUGCUACAGAAAUGCCGCCUCGGCAAGCGUUUCACCUCAGCCGAGGUGGAUCUCCUCAUGAACCACGAGUGCAGAGUCCCCAAUGCCACACGCGUCCUCUGUACCAGGGAGGAGGUGUUUCGAAUCAACCACGCCGAGUUUCAAAAGUUAAAGACGGAGGUGCACGAGUUCACGGCCGUGGACGGCUUCCGCUGGAGACGCGAGAGGCACCCACACCUUGGGUAUUGCAAUGACCGUCUUCGCGAUGGGACACUGAAAGCUCUUCGCGAGCACCGGGUCGAUCCACGAGUGAUCCUCCGCGUGGGAAUGGUCGUCGUGCUGCAAGUCAACCUUGACCUACCCAACGGGCUCUGUAACGGCAGCCAAGGCUUGAUCUGCGGCUGGGAGGACGUGGAUCCAAAGAAUCUCCCAAUUGCAUACCGGAAGGGGAUGGAUGAAAUGGGGCCAAUGGUCAUUACUGGAGACUACGCAGAACUCAAGGAGCAACAGAUCAGGGCGUUUUCACAGCAGACGCAUGUCAAACAUUGGCCGAAGGUGAUUUUCCACAAUGGCUUACGAAGGACCAUCUACCCCUCGUGCCUGGUCAACUCGGUGGGCGAAGGAGACGGCCCUGAAGACUUCUCUGCCCUUCACAGGACUCAGAUCCCUCUCGUCGCCGGAUGGGCGAUGAGCGUGCACAAGAGUCAGGGCAUGACCUUGAACCGUGUCAUUGUCGACCUGUCGAGGGCUUUUGAAGAGGGUCAGGUGUAUGUAGCGCUCUCUCGGGCAACCGAUCUGGCCGGUCUCCGAAUUGAUGGCGACGCCAAAGGCCUGUCUGUUGGAGCGGGUGGCAACCCCGAGGUGCAGGAAUUUCUGGAUCAGAAGUUCAACCUACAAAAGCUGCUGGAGCACCAUUGA